UAUAAUUUGGUUACUAGUACAGCCAAUGAUAAAAUGCAAAUAACUGCCUUUUAUCACUCUCAAUCAAUUAGAUUUGAAAAAUAUUUAGGUCUUUUAGGAUCUUAUAUUAAAUUAGAUCACAAUUAUCUUAUUUUGGGUCUUAUCAAAUUUUCAACAUCUGGAAAAAUAAUGAUAGAAGCAAUGGAUAUAGACCAUUUAAAAACUUUGAAUACAAAUAAGAAUAUGUUUGAAAGUUCUCCUUCGACAAUAUUUAAUACUAAGUCAAUAAUCGAUAUCAUCAGCGAUGAUAUCAAAUUUUCAGUUAAACCUAAUACUAGUACCGCCUAUAAAGAUAUUCAAGAAACCCAAAAAAAAGGACAAUCAGAUUACAAAAAUAAAGCAGUUAUUAAUUUAGACGAAGAAGAUCAUCAAUCCAAGAGAAGAAAGUCUUAG